UGGGAAGGCAGCGGUAGCUCACUAUGGCCCUGGCAGACAACGCGGGCUGUGCCAAACCCAGCGAGGACUUUCCCUUCCCCGAGAUCAUUGAACUGAAUGUGGGUGGGCAAGUCUACAUCACCCGCCACCCCACCCUGGUCAGCGUGCCUGGCUCGCUCCUCUGGGAGAUGUUCACCCAGAAGAACGUCCGCUCCCUGGCCCGUGACAGCAAGGGACGGUUCUUCGUGGAUCGGGAUGGAUUCCUCUUCCGCUACAUCUUGGAUUACAUGAGGGACCAGCAGCUGGUGCUGCCCGACCACUUCCCAGAGAGGAGCCGUCUGCAGCGAGAAGCUGAGUACUUCAUGCUGCCGGAGCUCGUGAAGAUGCUGGCCCCCAAGCUCAGCAAGCAGAACUCGCUGGGAGAUGACCCCUGCCAAAGCGACCCGGAGGAGCUCUCCCCCAACACGGAUGCCACCCGCAACCUGACCUCUGCCAGUGCCACGCUCCCCAGCGCNUUCUUCACCAUCGGCUACCGGGGCUCCUACACCCUGGGCAGGGACAGCCAGACGGAUGCCAAGUUCCGCAGGGUGGCACGGAUCAUGGUCUGCGGCAAGACAUCGCUGGCCAAGGAGGUCUUUGGGGAUACCUUGAACGAGAGCAGGGACCCGGACAGGCCCCCGGAGAGGUACACCUCCAGGUACUACCUCAAAUUCACCUUCCUGGAGCAAGCCUUUGAUAAACUGGCCGAUGCUGGCUUCCACAUGGUGGCUUGCAACUCCACAGGCACCUGUGCCUUCGCCCAUGACCAGACAGAUGACAGGAUCUGGACCUCUUACACCGAAUAUGUUUUCUAUCGUGAGUGACACCAAAAAGAAACCCAAAACCCCAAACCAAA